AUGGCGAUGGGGGUUCCUCUCCCUGACUUCAUGCUACCAACCAUGGUGGUACCAACGAUUGCAGUGAUUCCAAAUCACAGCAUGGCUCUCGUGACUAUCGCGAGAGAAGUGAGCGGAGGAGAGGAGGACGAUGUCGAUGAUGAUCACUACCGUGUCCGGGGCUCUGAUAGGCGGAGGGAUUAUGACAGAGACAGGGAGGAUAGGCAUAGGCGCAAGUCUCGGUCUCGUUUGAGGGGUAGAUCUGAGCACAAAUCCAGAUUGAGUUCACAUUCUCGUUCACGGUCAAAAAGACCAGUGGACGAUUCCAAGGAAGCAAAGAUUUCAAGUGCGGAAGUACCAUGUCAAUUUAUGCGCAGCGAUGGAGGCUUCCCCGAGUCCAAUACCCCAACAUGGUAUAAUCAAAUCAAAGGCCGUGUCCAUAAAGCCUAUAAAGCUGGCUCCAUCACGGGGUUAUGUUAAGAACUUAAGAUGGCUCAUACCAUGAUUUGUGGAUUUCAUUUUAUUAUUAUUAUUUUUUUUUUGCCAAAGAUUUUUCUUAUUUGUUUAUAGCAUAUGAUUUGGAUCAUGAUUUUUCUACUUGGUUGUUAAAUUUACAUUGUAUAUGUAAUGUUUCAAGAAUUUUCUAUUUACGGCCCAUUGAUAACCA